AUGGCCAGCCUGAAUCGUCAGAAGGUCUGUACGGUCAAGCAAUCCUCCACUGCCGCUUCCACCGAGAACAUAUUGCACACCCCCGUCGGCAUGAGCUCCAACACUGACCCAUCCGAUGGUCCACAGUCUUCGGGCCUCCGCGCCGCCUCGACUCGGACGCCGCCGCGCCAACGGCUACGGCGAGGGUCUACCAGCGAGCGGAUCGAGGAGAUUCUCGAGAAUGCCCGCGAGCGAGCCGAUAGCAUAGUUGCCGAGUCAAUGGCCUCGAGCGCCCACCUCGAUUCUCCGCGAAACAACCGCAGCCACUCUCCCCAGCGGCUGAACGACGAUGGUGUUGACGCCGACGAGACGACCGCGUUCCUCUCGGAGCGAUUGAGGGGCAGCAUUUACAGUACAACUCUGCAGGGUCCCAGCAGUGAUGGGGGUCCACGUAAAAGAGGCUCUGCCCUUGCUACGUCGCAGUCCACGCUGCUGGGCGAGAGCAACCACCCUCCGAGAGAUUCGAGCGAUGAAUCGGAUGGAUCCUCGGAUACAGAUGGUAAUUGGUGGCAGACUCUUACGGCCCCCUUCCGCUCAAUUGAGCUAGAGAAUAAGGGGAGUGUGGCUCGUGAUCAUCUGGCACUGGAACGCACAUUUCUCGCAUGGCUUCGAACUUCGUUGGCUUUUGCAUCCAUAGGCGUCGCCAUUACACAGCUAUUCCGCCUCCAAACGUCCCUCCCUGAUUCCGGGAGCGUGAUCAACCAGGAUACCCUACGGCAUAUCGGCAGACCCCUGGGCGCCGCCUUCCUAGUCAUCAGCAUUAUCAUACUUCUGCUCGGUUAUAGACGGUACACCCAGGGGCAGAAGUGGAUUAUAUUGGGCAAGUUCCCGGCCAGCAGAGGCACCAUCAUCGUCGUGUCCCUCGUGGCACUUGCUAUCAUGAUAUUAUCAUUGGUCGUGGUGAUUGUGAUUCACCCUUCGGAAGAUUGA